GCUGACUAGUUUAUGACGAUAUAUAAUGACCGAGUCGAGAAGAAAAGGAAGAAGCUCAAGGAAGUAGACAAUGAAGAAAGGUGGAUUUAGCAAUAAUCUCAAGCUCGCAAUUCCGGCUGCUGGCGAGCAAUCCAUCACCAAAUUCUUGACGCAGAGUGGUACUUUCAAAGAUGGAGAUCUACGAGUUAACAAGGACGGAGUUCGAAUCGUUUCUCAAUCGGAGCCUGAAGUUCUGUCUCCAAUUAAGCCAGCGGAUGAUGAGUUGAGCUUGUCGGAUUUGGACAUGGUUAAGUUCCUUGGAAAAGGAAGCAGUGGUGUUGUACAGUUGGUUCAACACAAAUGGACUGGCCAAUUUUUCGCCUUGAAGGUAAUUCAACUAAAUAUCGAUGAAGCAAUUCGCAAGUCAAUUGCACAAGAGCUGAAGAUAAAUCAGUCGUCACAGUGUCCAUAUCUUGUUAACUCGUACCAAUCAUUUUACGACAAUGGCGCAAUCUCACUAAUCUUGGAGUACAUGGACGGCGGAUCUCUAGCAGACUUUCUCAAAUCAGUUAAAACCAUCCCUGAGUCCUAUCUUUCUGCCAUCUUCAAACAAGUGCUUCAGGGGCUGAUCUACCUUCAUCACGAUAAGCAUAUCAUCCACCGUGACUUGAAACCAUCCAAUCUGUUGAUCAACCAUAGAGGAGAAGUCAAAAUCACUGACUUUGGUGUGAGUACCGUUAUGACAAACACCGCAGGUUUAGCCAACACGUUUGUCGGGACUUACAAUUAUAUGUCUCCAGAGAGAAUCGUUGGUAACAAGUACGGUAAUAAAAGCGAUAUAUGGAGCUUGGGUUUAGUAGUGCUUGAAUGCGCAACAGGAAAGUUCCCUUAUUUACCUCCGGAUCAAGAGGAAACAUGGUCCAGUGUUUUCGAGUUGAUGGAAGCCAUCGUUGACCAACCACCACCUGCUCUCCCUUCAGAAAAUUUCUCCCCUGAGUUAUCUUCAUUCAUCUCCACAUGUUUGCAAAAGGACCCGAACAGUCGAAGCUCUGCAAAGGAACUAAUGGAACAUCCUUUCUUGAACAAAUACAAUAACUCGGAGAUCAACCUCGCGUCCUAUUUCACAGAUGCAGGAUCGCCACUCGCAACACUUGGGAAUCUUUCCGGUACGUUCUCCGUUUAAACUCCGGGGAGACAAUAGUGUCAUCAUCUGGUGGUUACUGUUAUCAUCUGAGAUUUAUUUGUUUUAACUUCCAGUUAAAAAUUAUCUUGAUUAUAUAGAUUUAUAAAUUUGUGUUGUUGCGGUAUUCCAAAAUUAUAGAUAUAUGAGCAAACAUGAGAGUGCUUCUUGAGGAUUUUUUUUUUUUUUUUUUUUACUUGAAACUCAUUAUUUGUGAUACUUUGGAUUGGAAUCUUAUGGGAAAUAAAGAAGAUCAU